CGUCAUCAGCGAAAGUUUGUGUGUGUGGCUAACUGGUAUUAUUUAUAUUUAAAUGUUAAUUUUAGACUAAUUCGAUACAAAUUCUCGAAAAUUGUUACCGGAAGGUGCGUGCUGGAGCAGUGACGCACAAUCAAUGCGCUGAGAAUGCGGAAACUUGUAAUCUUUGUACGGUGAAGUCGGGAACGAUGAUGACACUAUCAGAAAAAAAUACAUGUCAACAAAUUCCAAUUAUCUCGAAUUAUAGCCGUGGGAUUGGCGUUCUGUCGUGAUAGAGACUCUCUAUAUAGUUGGCUGAUGGAGUUUAAUCUGUGGGAAUAUAAGCGGGAAUAGUGUAACAGUGAUGGGAAGCGUUUAAUUUCAUUUCCGGCAAAACAUGUCGGGGUAAGCGAAGUUUUGGGAGUGUUAAUUGUGGUAACAACGCGCUACAGCAUGGCGAACCCUGCAAUUGCGGUCGUGUUCGACCAAAACGACAGAUCCAGUUGGUACUUCCGCGACAUGUCGCGUGCAGAAGCAACACGGCUUCUGCUCAACGAGACUGAGAGCGGUGUCUUCCUCGUCAGGGACUCGAGAACUAUACCUGGAGACUACGUUCUUUGUGUCAGGGAAGACGACCGCGUAUCCCACUACAUCAUCAACCGGGUGGUCUCAGCUGACGGGACAACGCGCUACCGAAUUGGUGACCAACUUUUCACCGACAUGCCGGCACUGUUGGCGUUCUACAGACUGCACUACCUGGACACAACACCGCUAGUACGUCCAUUGUCGCAUUCGGCUGUUAACAACGUGUCCCAGCCGCCGAACCAGCCGCAUCAAGUUUUGGAGAUUGUUACCGCGAAGUUUGACUUCCAUGGUAGCGGGGAUGCGGACGACCUGCCGUUCCGCCGCGGCGAACGAUUAAUGGUCAUCAACCGCGACGAGGAUCAGUGGUGGACGGCGCGGAACAACCAGGGCCGGAACGGCUCCAUCCCUGUCAACUAUAUUGAAAGACAUCUGGACGCGACGGGCGCCCCUCUGCCAGUGACGGAGGUGUUGGCCGCCCUGGGCGACACGCCCGCGCCACAACAUCCAAUCAGGAACAACAUGCAGCGGACUCUGCCAGCUUUAGCACGCGUGCGACAAACAAGAAUACCGAACGCGUACGACCGCACCGCGCUGAAGCUCGAAGAGGGUGAUAUAAUCAAGGUGACAAGAAUGAACAUAAACGGGCAAUGGGAAGGCGAACUAAACGGGCGGGUUGGCCACUUCCCGUUCACGUACGUCGAAUUCCUCGACGACGCCAAUGCCACCAGCUAAGUGGUACCAAUAAGUACCGAAAUUGGUACCGUAGCUACAACAAACCAGAAUUGAUACCACAAAUACUGCAAUUGGUACCAAAUGUACCAGAAAUACAGCAGUUGGUACCAAAUGCACCACAAAUAUUGCAACAAUGUUACCAUAUGUUUAUUCAAACUCAACCCAGUGGCAUUUAUAAUAGACCUGGUAACAAGGCUACCUUGAGUAGCCAUAUCUUCAUGAAAACCGCAAUUACAACCUGAGUGACUUCUAAAGUAUAAUAUAGUGAACAUAAGUGAAAAUUAACAGUGCUAUUACCAAAAAAGUGUAGUGUUGUGACGUGUUUGUUGAACCUGACCACAAAGUGGACUACAAUUACCGUCUAGAAGAGACAUUUAUGUGCCACAGACGGGUAAGGGACAAGGAUAUCGAGCCGUAAGCACCCCUAACUAGCGCAAUGUGGGUUACUUACUACCAAAUAUAAUUCAUUGACUUAUUGGCUAAAAACAGUCAGUAUAUUGCACCAAUUCUAAACUUAUUUUAUAUUUAUACCUGCCGUAAGUUGCAGCGUUAAACCUUCCACAAGCGCUGGAGCUCUCUUAACUAUAUUAAAACGUAGUUAUAUAAAAACCGCAAGGCCUAAUUAUAGGUCUCAUAAGAGUCCCAUAAUAGAAGCUUUUAUAUUUAACAAUUAUGAACAUUACAGUUAUUGAAGAGAAGUUCAAUAUGACAGCCAGAUUCUGGCAUUGUGUUUAACAUUAUUGUGGGACCCUUAGCAUCUACGCGCAUCAAGGUUUUUCGAAUUCAAAGUUUUGGCAAAAGCCGACGCUCGCUUGGUGUGUGGAGCUCCUUAGGGAUAAGCUGCAAAGUCGAUAUAAGUAACAUGCCUUUAUAUAUUUCUGUUAUAAACUGGUACUAUACAUAUGUCAUGUAAUUAUACCAUUUUAUAGACGCCUUAAUCCUAUAGUCGAAUUUUUUAUUAGAGGUAACAAACUGACUAGGUAUAGUAGGCAUCAUAAUUAGAUGCCCAAAAUGGAAACAAAGGGAGAAUACCUUGGGAACGUACAGAGGGAGUCAGAGGACAAUAUUUCAAGACAACACUAUUUUUAUUUCACCAAAAUCUAGCAACCCUUUAAAUGUCAGUUUAUUAUCUCUAAUUAAACAUCGGACUGGAUUACAGAGAUUGCUUUCUCUGAAGGAAAAUGUUCACUUACUAUCUCUGGGUUUAUAAAAAAUAGAAAGGUGAACCUGAACGUGUGGUAACGAAUUCGGCUUAUCCUUUAUCGAGCAUAAUGAAACUUAUUGUGUAAUAAAAAAAAUUAUCGCCCACCGAUAUGAUGUUACAUAAUGAUAAAUAUUGUUAUCGACUUUAUAACCGCUACGCUAA